ACACAACGUUCACAACUGGAUCUUCAUCCCAUCUCGAGCUGAAACUAGAAGCGACUUGCAGGUUUGCUGGUAUUCCUUUGCCCUAGCUUGCACCAGAGACCUAAGAGCACUCAAGGUUAAGUCUUUGCCUAAAACUAUUUUAAGCUCAGUUUGGACCACUUUGAGCAGAGCUUAAACCCCAUAACCGGGAUCAGUGCCGGGGAAUGAGCACAUCUCAGUGCUGACCUGAGAGCAGCCUGCGCUGAAUAACUCCAAACACCUGCUGGACCUUCUGUACCCAACUCAGACAUGAGGAUCCUCGCGUUUCUGGCCGGCCUUAAGACGUUCUGGGUUUUAGCAUUUUCUUCUCUCUCAAAUACGAUGGCUGUGAAUAACAGCGGUAAAUGGUGGGGGAUAGUAAACGUAGCUACUACUGGUAAUGUCCUUCCCGGAUCAGACAAUGGGCCUGUCCCUUUGGUGCUAGAUCACAGUCUGCAGCUCUUAAGCAGGAAGCAAAGGCGGCUAAUUCGUCAGAACCCCGGAAUUCUCCAGAGCAUCACUAGAGGCCUGCUGAGUGCCGUUCGAGAGUGCAAGUGGCAAUUCAGAAACAGGCGAUGGAACUGUCCCACAGGACCUGGAAAUCAGGUGUUUGGAAAAAUUAUUAACAGAGGCUGCAGAGAAACAGCAUUCAUAUUUGCCAUCACCAGUGCAGGAGUAACUCAUUCAGUGGCCCGGUCCUGCUCAGAGGGGUCUAUUGAGACCUGCUCUUGUGAUUACCGUCGGAGAGGCCCUGGAGGGCCCGAUUGGCACUGGGGAGGCUGUAGUGACAACAUUGAAUUUGGUCGUUAUAUAGGACGGGAGUUUGUGGACUCCAGCGAGAGAGGGAGAGACCUGAAAUACCUGGUUAAUUUGCAUAAUAAUCAGGCAGGAAGAAUGACAGUUCUUUCAGAGAUGCGACAGGAGUGUAAAUGUCAUGGUAUGUCAGGGUCCUGUUCUCUCCGGACCUGCUGGAUGAGGUUACCCCCUUUCCGCGCUGUGGGAGAUGCUUUAAAGGAUCGGUUCGAUGGUGCCUCAAAGGUCACCUACAGCAACAAUGGUAGCAAUCGGGGGAACUCUCGUAGUGAUGUCCCACACCUGGAACCUGAGAACCCCAGCCAUGCCAUGCCAUCAUCAAGGGACCUUGUAUACUUUGAAAAGUCUCCCAACUUCUGCAGUCACAGUGAAAAGGCAGGGACUACUGGAACUACAGGACGGAUUUGCAACAGCACCUCUUUAGGUCUUGACGGUUGUGAGCUUCUGUGCUGCGGCAGAGGCUACCGGACCAGGGCCGAGAAAGUCACUGAGCGGUGUCACUGUACCUUCCAUUGGUGCUGCCAUGUCACCUGUUUGAAUUGCACCACCACACAGAUGGUUCAUGAGUGUUUGUGACACCAACAUUAUUGCACACCAUGGG